GAACUAACAGGGUGGACUGGAUUUGAAGUGUCCUCCUGCUAAAAAUACCAGGGAAUCCAUGAAUCCAAGGUCACCUCUGUGUCUAUAGAAGCAUGGGUGGUAUAUCAUGAAGGGAAGUUGCACAUUAGCAGGAAUAAAGAAAUACGCAUAAUGGCUCAGAGCAAAGAUCCAUCCCGCCCAGUGUCCAGUCUCCAAUAGCAACCAGAACCAGAUGCCUCAGAGGAAGAUGCAAGACAGUCUGAAAAAGGAAUUUAUGAAAAACCAUAAAGCAAAGAGUCCUGGCAUUAAUUGAAUUGCCUUUUUCUAAGGUAGAGUAUGUGGAUCAGGCAGAGAACUUACAAACAGCAUUUACUCUAAUAUGUAACGUGCAUUCGCUUAAAAUAAUUAUUUAAAAUAAUUAGCAACAUUAGUGAUGCAAAUGAUCAAUUGAAGGCUGUGUCACUGGAGCUGAACAGGAUUAUAAAAAUCAUAUCUGCAUACCUGUGGGGUGCCUCAUUUCCGUGGAGCAGGCCGUGGAAACCAUAUAAAAAGGCUCGUGUCCCAGUGCUCCUCAAUCCACUCGGCUUCUUCAUUUGCUCCUGUUGGUGACUUGUUUUGCCCACGUCCAGGAAGAUGGUUUACCAGCAGCAAUGCAAACAGACCUGCCUGCCUCCUCCUUGCUGUGUGACCAAGUGCACUACCAAGUGCCUGGAUCCCUGCUGCAAAGUCUGUGUGACAAAGUGCGUGACAAAAUGCGUGGAUCCUUGCUGUAAAGUCUGCGUGAAGAAGUGCACUACAUGCGUGCAUCCAUGCCCGUGCCCAUGCCCUCAAAAAUGCAUUCCGUGCCCUCCCUGCCCUCCGUGCCUUCCAAAAUGCCCACCUGUGCAGCACUGCUGCAAAGAAAAGAAGUUCUGCUCUGCAGCUGGUGUAAAUCAGUGGAGCUCCAUUGACAUCCACAGAAUUGAGCAGGUUUUCGCUCGUGAGGAAUCGGGCAGUUUGCCCACGUCCAGGAAGAUGGUUUACCAGCAUCAAUGCAAACAGACCUGCCUGCCUCCUCCUUGCUGUGUGACCAAGUGUACUACCAAGUGCCUGGAUCCCUGCUGCAAAGUCUGUGUGACCAAGUGUGUGACAAAAUGCGUGGAUCCUUGCUGUAAAGUCUGCGUGAAGAAGUGCACUACAUGCGUGCAUCCAUGCCCGUGCCCGUGCCCUGAAAAGUGUGCUCCAUGUCCUCCGUGCUUUCCAAAAUGCCCACCUGUGGAGCACUGCUGCAAAGAAAAGAAGUUCUGUGGGACGUGUUUCUGGGAACGUUUCCAGUCUCUGUCCACAUACUGCGCACUGUUCUGUCUCUCCUAUCGAGAGGUCAAUGCCUUCCCUUGUUUGCCCACGUCCAGGAAGAUGGUUUACCAGCAUCAAUGCAAACAGACCUGCCUGCCUCCUCCUUGCUGUGUGACCAAGUGUACUACCAAGUGCCUGGAUCCCUGCUGCAAAGUCUGUGUGACCAAGUGUGUGACAAAAUGCGUGGAUCCUUGCUGUAAAGUCUGCGUGAAGAAGUGCACUACAUGCGUGCAUCCAUGCCCGUGCCCGUGCCCUGAAAAGUGUCCUCCAUGUCCUCCGUGCUUUCCAAAAUGCCCACCUGUGGAGCACUGCUGCAAAGAAAAGAAGUUCUGCUCCGCAGCUGGUGUAAAUCAGUGGAGCUCCAUUGACAUCCACAGAAUUGAGCAGGUUUUCGCUCGUGAGGAAUCGGGCAGUUUGCCCACGUCCAGGAAGAUGGUUUACCAGCAUCAAUGCAAACAGACCUGCCUGCCUCCUCCUUGCUGUGUGACCAAGUGUACUACCAAGUGCCUGGAUCCCUGCUGCAAAGUCUGUGUGACCAAGUGUGUGACAAAAUGCGUGGAUCCUUGCUGUAAAGUCUGCGUGAAGAAGUGCACUACAUGCGUGCAUCCAUGCCCGUGCCCGUGCCCUGAAAAGUGUCCUCCAUGUCCUCCGUGCUUUCCAAAAUGCCCACCUGUGGAGCACUGCUGCAAAGAAAAGAAGUUCUGGUAGGGCCCACGGAACCACCGACGACUAUGGAAUGAAAAUGAAUUACAGCCCCUCGCACAGUAGCUCUCUCCUCGCUCCGCUGUUCUGCCAUUCCCCUUGCAGUGGGACGUGUUUCUGGGAACGUUUCCAGUCUCUGUCCACAUACUGCGCACUGUUCUGUCUCUCCUAUCAAGAGGUCAAUGCCUUCCCUUGUAACGAGUAACUGACCGUCUUUGUGCCCUGGGAUAUCAGCUGUACUGGGAGAGAUCCUGUAAGAUUUGUGCUGUAGACUCUUUCCUGUGGGAGAUUUUCCCCCUUGUUCUCUUUUCCCAUCCCGUCUUUUAA